AUGGUCAUUCAUAACCAGGUGUCAUUUCCACUGGCACUCAGCAAUACCGGUAAAUUUUGGAUGCAGCUAGAACCUGGGAAGCUCUUUUGGAAUACAGCGGACCAGGGUGUAGCAUACUCAUUUUUUGGAGCGUGGAACUGCGACGCUACCCUAUUUGUCUUCGAUGACCACCAACCUUUCAGCGUCCACCGCCUGUUCAACAUUCUGAAUCGGUUUCCUAAUACCACGCUUUGUGCUCCUCCUCUGGUAUGGCGCCAACUUACGCUUCGAGAUUCGAAAGAUUGCCCUAUUCAGCCAGGCUCCAUGGGGAAACCUGCACCUGGUAUCCCGCUAAAUGUAAUCGACGUGGAUGAGAGAGAAUGUGCCCCAAGUGAAGAAGGCAAUAUCGCCCUGAAAAUCAGGUCGCCAAACGAAGCUGAGAGCUUCUUCGGUAUCUUUGACGGCUACAUUGACGAAAACGGCUGCGUUUCUAGGCCAGAGCACCAAUUUAUUGUGAAUGGUAAGACUGAGACCUGGUACCUCACCGGGGAUAAGGGCAGGAAGGAUGAAAUGAACUACUUCUGGUUUGUCGGGAGAGCUGAUGAUGUGAUUAACUCGGCUGGUUACGGCAUAGGUCCGUUUGAAGUGGAAUCGACCUUGAAGCUGCAUCCUGCCGUGGCAGAAUCUACCCCUAUUUCCUCACCUGAUCCCAAGAGGGGCGAAGUUGUUAAGGCAUUAGUUGUCUUGACAGACGAAUAUUCCCAGAGAACCUCAACGCAGCAAGAUUUGUGUUGA